AUGCAAUAUGGAAACAAUAGUCAUGUUGAUGAAGAUAACUUUGAUAAGUUUGAAAGCACUUACUAUGAAACUGUUGGAAAAGCUAAAGAAUUGUUGGAGACGCAACCAAGUGUGUUUCCAGUAGCCAAACCUACAACGGCUUUGAAAACUAAAUUAAAACCACCAGAAUUACCGACCUUUUUUGGAGCUUAUGAGCAAUGGCCUUCGUUUUUCCAAAUGUUCAAUUCUUUAGUUCAUUCAAACCUGAACUUAACGGAGAUCAUCAAAUUUCAUUAUUUACGGUCGUCUUUAUCAGGAAAAGCCCUCUCUUUGAUCAGAAGCAUCGACUUCACGGAAGCAAAUUAUCUAGUUACGCUUCAAACUUUGAGAGAUGAAUUCGAAAAUAAGAAGAUAAUAAUACGCAAUCAUUGCGAAGCGAUAGUCAAUCUUGGUUUCCCCACAUGUAUUUGUAAGAAAAAGGAAACAUUAACAGCAAAAGAUUUAGAUAAUAUACACAACAAAAUCAAUCAGGCGGUACAAUCACUGAAUGCUUUGAAGGUGGAUACUACCUCUUGGGACCCACUAGUGGUUCAUUUAGCAACUGCAAAAUUCGAUCAAAGCUCACUGACGGAAUGGGAAAAGGUGGUGCCUACAAAAGAUCCCCCAAGGCUUCAAGAGCUGCUUGAGUUUUUAAAGAAACGUUCAUUUUUACUUGAGUCGGUAGAGCGCAGAAAGUCGCAGUCAAUUCCGAGGGACUAA